CUUGUCUAUGUUUUGCUUGCUUUGCCUUCGUGCGUGAGGACAUCAAUGAAAUGGAAAGAACGGUAAAGAAAAUUAAAAAUUAGGUGUUCAUUAUUAACGACAUUUCAGUAGUGAGUAACUUAAUGGUGAAUCGUUUAUGGUUUUGUAUCUCUUGAAGCAAUUUCACAGAAGAAAUGGCGUCAUCAGGCAGUAUUCCUAAAUGGCAACUGGCGAUUCUUCUUGGCGCACCUCUCGCCAUCGGUUUAGGUUACCUUUAUCUUAGAAACAGAUUGGAAGAUCCAGAAAAGAAAAAAGUGUCUGAGUUAAAAGCGAAAACUACUAUUUCAUUAGAUAAUGAAGAAAAUAACACCAAAGUUUCUGAAAGCGCUAUCGACCGCGCUAUGAAACUGAAAGGUGCCGGAAACCGGGCUUUCCAUGCAGGAGAAUACGAAAAAGCAAAAGCACUUUACAACGAAGCGAUUGAGGCCUGCCCUCCUGAUCGCCCAAUCGACCUUGCCACUUUCUACCAGAACCGUUCAGCAUGUUACGAAAAACGCGAAAUGUGGGAACAGGUCAAAGAAGAUUGUACGUUUGCCCUUAAACUUAAUGAAAAGUAUGUUAAAGCUUUUUUGAGACGCUCUCGCGCAGCUGAGAAAAGCGGUGAUUUGGUUAUGGCUCUUGAAGAUGUGACUUAUGCUUGUAUACUCGAAAGCUUCCAAGACCAAAGUUCUCUUAUGAAUGCUGAUCGCAUCCUUAAAGCACUAGGCAGGCAACACGCACGUGAAGCUCUAGCAAAACGUGUCCCCAUUAUGCCAUCCAAGCAUUUCAUAAAGACAUAUUUCUCAGCCUUCUCUGAAGAUCCAAUUACCAAAAUAAUUCUUGAUGACAAGAUCACUGGUGGGUUUGCUAAAGCUAAGCGAGCUCUGGAUACAGAGGACUAUGAGUCUAUUGUUGAUGCAUGCACAGAAGAACUAAAUGAUCCUAAUGGAAAGUACAAAAAUCAAGCUCUUUUGUUGCGGGCAACAUUCUAUCUGUUAUUAGGCAUGCAUGAGGAGGCGCAAUCUGAUCUUGCCAGGGUCAUUGAGAGUGAUGCUCCUACUAAAGUAAAGGUAAAUGCUUUAAUUAAGCGUGCUUCAUUAUCUACACAGCUGGAGAACACAGAAUGUUGCUUGAAGGACUUUGCCCAGGCUGCUCAGUUGGAUCCUAAUAACUCUGAUAUCUAUCAUCACCGAGGCCAGGUCUAUCUGCUUCUUGAGCGCAUGGAUGAGGCUACAGCUGACUUUGCUAAGGCUGUUGAAUUAAACCCGGACUUUUCAAUUGCAUACAUUCAGAAAUGUUAUGCUGAUUAUAGACAUGCACAGAUCAACAAAAAUGUUGGGGCUCUAUCACAAGUGCGAGCAGAUUUUGAGCGUGCAUUGGAGCGAUUCCCACGAUGUGCUGAGGCGUACAUUCUGUAUGCACAAGUGUUGUCAGACCUACAGGAGUGGGGUCGUGCAGAAGCUUUGUUUGAUGCUGCACUUGCAGUAGAUGCCAACAACCCUACACUUUAUGUCCAUAAGAGUCUGGUACAACUACAGAAGAAUACAGACUUUGACAAAGCUGUAAAAUUAAUCAACAAAGCUAUUGAAAUAGAUGACAAAUGUGAAUUUGCAUAUGAGACCUUGGGUACAAUUGAAGUACAAAGGGGCAACUUGAGGCGAUCUUUAGAACUUUUUGAGAAGGCUAUUUCACUAGCCAAAACUGAGCUGGACAUGAUUCACUUGUUCUCUCUUAAGGAUGCUACGGCAGCACAAUUGAAGGUGUCUGAACGUUGGGGACUAGACUGGACUGUAAGCUAGGCUAUUGCCACACUACUUGCCACAUACUCAACGGGAAUAAAACCUGGCCGUCCAAGUAUGCCAGAGAGCUCAGUAGUAUAUUGUUCGUAAAUUAUUCUCUGUGUAUGUAUCCAUAUAUCCUUUAUAUUUCUCAAUCUUUUGUUGUCUUUAAAGCUUUAAAACUGCUUGGAAAACUAUAAUUUCAAUGUGUCAUAUCAUUUUAAUUACCAAUUUAUUAGAUGAUUAUUAAAAAUUUGUGCCAGAUGGUAUUCUCGUUGUGGACUACAGGUACCAAGCCGCCGCCGACUCCUACGCAUCAUUAAGCUAUCUUAAUGGUGCUACUAUUUUUAGUAAGUUGCUUCUUACAUAGAGCAUUUUCCCCAAUAUGAAGUAACUCUUUGGUGCACUGUGUACAUACAAAAUGUCAGUUCAUAUCACGAAGUUCUCAAACUUGUUAAACAUUUAUAUUUAAACAGGUUAUCUUUGUUCCCCUAGGUUGUAAAAUGUUGCACGAAACUUAAAUAAAUAUGAAAAAUAUAUUGUAAAUAUUUAUAAAAUUCCAUUGUGAGCAGCAUUGACAAUGUGGCCAUACUUCGAUUUGUUGGCAUACAUUAUGAAGUGAAUGAAAUUAUAACUUUAUUCUGGAUGUCGUAAAAAUUUAUGUAAGAUUUAUGCCUGCUUCAUAUUGAAGUGGAAAACUAAUUGUUUCUCGAGAAAACUUCUAGUUUAAACAUUUAUUUAUGUUUGCAUUUAAAAUGAACAAAAUGUGUGUAACUAAAUUGUUAUAUAACUCCAUUGGAUUAUUAUACUAGGAAAAUUUAUAACAUAGCUAACAUUGACAUGCCUAUCUGUUCUUAGUGGCACACAUUUAAAAUGUUGAAUGUAGUUGUCAAGACUGAGCGAGUUCGUGUGGGUCGAGUUUGAUUUUUCAAUAUGUUUGUUAACUUAUUGACUUUUUAUUGUGAUAUAUUUUGUUUUAUUGUUUUUUAAUUCGCAUUUAUAUCCACUUAGGUAUUUGAAUUAUAUAUUGAGUUUUAAAUUUAUAUCAUAAAACAUUUAUAAAACAUCGAAUAUCACUCAAAUGUCGCUCAGUCCUACGAAAUGUGAAACAAGAAUUAUAAAAUACCGCAUUAUUCAACUUGGUAAAAAAUAUACUACUUGGUACUUAUGUUAUGCGCAUAUAAGACUCAUGCACGCAUAAAAGUAGGGUGGCUGAAUAAUUAAUUUAAUUAAUGUUAAAAAAAGCGGAAAAUAUAGAAAAAAGCUUAAUUGAUAGCUUGUCUUGCGUAAUAUUGUGUUUUGUUUAUUUGGGUCCAAAGAGAGUUUAUGUGAAAGGAUGCGCUAAAACACAAAAAAAUGUUGUUACAUUUACAUAUUGUGGUUAUAAUGUAGUCGUGGGAAUGCGCCUCGAGUUUGUGCGGCGGUAAAUACGUGCGUGCUGGGUGCGUUCAAUACAUUUACUCACAAGUGGAGAGUAACUCAUAAAAUCUGUAUGGACGUAUUGUUUUACCAUGUUACACUAUAUUUUAUUACUGUUACCUAUUUAAUACUUUGUGUAUUAUUAAACUGACAAGUAUGGACUUAAUAGUCUGAAUAAAGCUGAACAUCUCCGGACGAAAUGCUCUAAUUAUAAAAAGAUGUUUUGGAUGCACCCUAAAUUAUCAGUUAGAUUGUGAACUUAGAUUUGUAGCUCGCUGAGAUGGUUCUACAAGAGUUGUUACCUCACCGAUAGUGGAUAGUUAUCAAUUUAUGAAAACUACAAAAUACAUUAUUGAAACAAA